GGUCUCUACCAUCAGACAAUCAGACAACAAACAGUCAUCAGAUCCCAUUGUCCAAGUCUAACCAGACUAGUUUCAUUUUUCUCAAAUGGGUGCUUCAACAAUGGCUCUGUCCUCUCCUUCUCUGGCUGGCCAAGCUGUGCAGCUCAGUCCAGCUGCAUCUAACCUCCUCGGUGAGGGCAGAAUCACCAUGCGCAAAACCGCAGCCAAGUCCAAGAAUGUGUCGUCUGGCAGCCCUUGGUACGGCCCAGACCGUGUCAAGUACUUGGGGCCAUUCUCCGGUGAGGCUCCAUCUUACCUCACUGGAGAGUUUCCAGGUGACUACGGCUGGGACACAGCUGGGCUCUCAGCUGAUCCCGAGACCUUUGCCAAGAACCGUGAGCUCGAGGUCAUCCAUUCAAGAUGGGCCAUGCUCGGGGCUCUAGGAUGUGUUUUCCCUGAACUCCUAGCUCGUAAUGGAGUCAAGUUCGGAGAAGCUGUUUGGUUCAAGGCUGGAGCCCAGAUAUUCAGUGAGGGGGGACUAGACUACUUGGGAAACCCAAGCUUAGUCCACGCUCAAAGCAUUUUGGCAAUCUGGGCAACACAAGUUAUCUUGAUGGGUGCAGUUGAAGGCUACAGAAUUGCGGGAGGGCCUCUCGGUGAGGUAGUAGACCCAUUGUACCCCGGUGGGAGCUUUGACCCCUUAGGGCUUGCAGACGAUCCUGAGGCUUUUGCUGAGCUUAAGGUGAAGGAGCUCAAAAACGGAAGACUGGCCAUGUUUUCCAUGUUCGGAUUCUUCGUACAAGCUAUUGUUACCGGAAAGGGACCGAUUGAGAACCUAGCUGACCACUUGGCUGACCCUGUUAACAACAAUGCUUGGUCAUAUGCCACAAACUUUGUUCCCGGAAAGUCAGAGAGGUCUCAACACUUUCCACAAAUGGCUUCCUCAACAAUGGCUCUCUCCUCCCCUUCUCUAGCUGGCCAAGCUGUGAAGCUCGGUUCCUCUACAUCUAACCUCCUCGGUGAGGGCCGAGUUACCAUGCGCAAAACCGCAGCCAAGUCCAAAAAUGUUUCAUCCGGCAGCCCAUGGUACGGCCCUGACCGUGUCAAGUACUUGGGCCCAUUCUCCGGCGAAGCCCCGUCUUACCUCACUGGAGAGUUUCCCGGUGACUAUGGUUGGGACACAGCUGGGCUCUCAGCUGAUCCCGAGACCUUUGCCAAGAACCGUGAGCUCGAGGUCAUCCAUUCCAGAUGGGCCAUGCUAGGCGCCCUAGGCUGUGUUUUCCCCGAACUCUUGGCUCGUAAUGGGGUCAAAUUCGGCGAAGCUGUUUGGUUCAAGGCUGGAGCUCAAAUCUUCAGUGAGGGUGGAUUAGACUACUUGGGAAACCCGAGCUUGGUCCAUGCCCAAAGCAUUCUGGCAAUUUGGGCAACACAGGUUAUUUUGAUGGGUGCGGUAGAAGGCUACAGAAUUGCCGGUGGGCCGCUCGGUGAGGUUGUAGACCCUUUGUACCCCGGCGGGAGCUUUGACCCAUUAGGGCUUGCAGACGAUCCCGAGGCUUUUGCUGAGCUCAAGGUGAAGGAGCUCAAGAAUGGAAGACUGGCCAUGUUCUCGAUGUUCGGGUUUUUUGUGCAAGCUAUUGUUACAGGAAAGGGACCGAUUGAGAACCUAGCUGACCACUUGGCUGACCCUGUUAACAACAAUGCUUGGUCAUAUGCCACAAACUUUGUACCCGGGAAGUGAAAAGCUGAGAACUUAGGAGCGUUGGCUACUUGGCGGUAACAAAUUGUGUGCAAUUGUUAUGUGCUUAUGUUAUGUACUUAUGUUCAUCAUGUCAUGAAACCUGAUGUAAAUUUGAACUAGUAUGUCUGCGAUUUAAUUUUCACCUCACUUAUUAUUAUUUUA